AUGUCUGCAAAAGAGAGGCAAAAAAGCAAAGUAACCAAGGACAGCGUCACCCUAUUGCCUUGCUUCUAUUUUGUGGAGUUGCCCAUAUUGGCAUCUUCGGUUGUUAGCCUCUAUUUUCUUGAACUCACUGAUGUUUUCAAGCCAGUUCAUUCUGGAUUCAACUGCUAUGACAAAAGUCUGAGCAUGCCAUAUAUUGAACCUACACAAGAGGCUGUUCCUUUCCUGAUGCUGCUUAGUUUGGUUUUUGCUGGGCCUUCAAUUACAAUAAUGGUAGGAGAAGGAAUUCUCUACUGUUGCCUGUCAAAAAGAAGAAAUGGGAUUGGAACGGAGGCCAAUAUUAAUGCAGGAGGCUGCAACUUCAACUCUUUCCUUAGAAGAGCUGUCAGAUUCGUUGGUGUUCAUGUGUUUGGCCUUUGUUCUACUGCUCUCAUUACUGACAUAAUACAGCUAUCAACAGGGUAUCAGGCACCAUAUUUCCUGACCGUAUGCAAGCCUAACUACACAUCCCUAAAUGUAUCUUGCUCAGAAAACUCAUACAUUGUGGAAGAUAUUUGCUCAGGAUCUGAUACUACAAUCAUCAACGAUGGAAGAAAGUCAUUCCCUUCUCAACAUGCCACCCUGGCAGCCUUCGCAGCUGUGUACGUUUCAAUGUACUUCAAUUCCACGUUAACGGACUCCUCUAAACUUCUAAAACCUCUACUGGUCUUUGCUUUUAUUAUCUGUGGAAUUAUAUGCGGCCUGACUCGUAUCACACAGUACAAGAAUCACCCAGUUGAUGUUUAUUGUGGAUUUCUAAUAGGAGGAGGAAUUGCUCUCUAUUUGGGCCUGUAUGCUGUUGGGAAUUUCCUACCAAGUGAAGAGAAUGUGUUUCAUCAGAACCUGCACAGAGAACCGUUAAGGUCUUUAACAGACCUUAGUCAAGAUGCCAACAGAAUUUUACCGGGUAAAAAUGGUGGCAGCAGCGACGGAAUUUCUUCUCACCAUUCUGAGAGUAUCUUGAAUAGAAACCAUAGAGAUUCUGGAUCCCUAACUAACAUCAAGAGAGCAAAUGCUGAUGUAGAGAUCAUAACUCCACGGAGCCCCAUGGGAAAGGAAAAUAUGGUUACCUUUAGCAACACUUUGCCAAGAGUUAAUACACCAGCACUAGAAGAUCCAGCUCGACGAAAUGCAACAAUUCAUGCAUCAAUGGACUCUGCCCGUUCCAAGCAACUUCUUUCUCAAUGGAAGAACAAGAAUGAAAGUCGAAAGUUGUCUUUACAGGUAAUAGAGACUGACUCUGGACAGUCACCACCAAGAACUAUUGAAAUAAGAUCCAGCUCUGAGCCAUCUAGAGUGGGCGUUAAUGGGGAUCAUCAUGUUCCCACCAAUCAGUAUCUAAAAAUUCAGCCUGGUAGUGUACCAGGCUGUAACAAUACUGGUCUUUCAGGUGGGCCCAGAGUCUCUAUUCAGUCACGCCCAGGGUCUUCACAGCUAGUACAUAUUCCUGAAGAGACACACGAAAAUAUAAAUACAUCUCCAAAAAGUAGUUCAGCUAGAGCAAAAUGGCUGAAAGCUGCAGAGAAGAGUGUUGCAUGUAGAAGCAAUAGUCAGCCAAGAAUCAUGCAAGUGAUAGCCAUGUCAAAGCAGCAAGGUGUGCUUCAGAGCAGUACUAAGAAUUCAGAGGGUAGCACAGUUACCUGUACUGGAGCCAUCCGGUAUAAAACCUUGACAGAUCAUGAACCAACCGGUAUUGUCAGAGUUGAGGCCCAUCCAGAAAAUAACAGACCGCUGAUUCAGAUGCCAUCAGAAGGUGAAGGGAGUGGAUCAUGGAAAUGGAAAGGUCCUGAGAAAGGCAGCCUUCGGCAAGCAUAUGAGCUCAAUGAUCUCAAUAGGGACUCUGAGAGCAGUGACUCCUUGAAAGACAGUUAUGGGUCAGGUGACAGGAAAAGAAGUAACAUAGAUAACCCUGAGCAUCACCAUCAUGGAAUUACCACUAUUAGAGUCACACCAGUUGAAGGAAGUGAAAUUGGCUCUGAGACACUGUCCAUUUCCUCUAGUCGGGACUCUACACUUCGAAGAAAAGGUAACAUCAUUUUAAUCCCUGAACGAGGGUGCAGUCCAGAGAACACCAGAAACAUCUUCUAUAAAGGAACAUCCCCCACAAGAGCAUACAAAGAAUGA